ACAGGAAGUAGAAGAAGUAGGAGAAGAAGUUGAGUAAGAGGAGGACGAAGAAGAAGAAGAAGAAGAAGAAGAAGAGAAAGAAGUGUGACCAUGGCGCUGGGAGACUGUUGGAAACAACUGUCCUGGUUCUACUACCAGUACCUGCUGGUGACCGCCCUCUACAUGCUGGAGCCCUGGGAGCGGACUGUGUUCAACUCGCUGCUCGUCUCGGUGGCCGGCAUGGCGGUCUACACCGGCUACGUCUUCAUGCCUCAGCACAUCAUGGCGAUCCUGCACUACUUCGAGGUCGUCCAGUGACACGAGGACUCGUCCGUCCACCCGCUGGUCCCCGUCUGUCUCCGGCUUCCUGUCCGUCCCAUCUGUCCACCUUUCUCUCCAGGGUGUGAGGUGGGGAUCGACUCUCCUCCUUUCCAAAGCUAAUUUAAUAUCAGAAGUCACCUCUGUGGACGUGGUGCUGGCGGCCGCACCGGACAGCGUCGUCCUCCGGGACGGUUUCUCCUUCUCACGUCUGAAAUGCUCUGAUUGUGAGCAGGGUUUUGGGUUUGGACCCGAGGGCCACGGAGGACUGAGCUAAGUUUGGAUUCAUGUUUUUUCUUUUUAAUCCCUGGAAUCAAGCGCACCUUACCGUGGUGACUGGACUAUUAUAUUUGUAUUCCCUCAAGAUUUCAGAGUGUUGUUGUCUGAAGAGUUUCAUUCAAGAGCAGGAAACCAAAGCGGCUGAUGGAGAAAAUCAUUUUUCUCUUUGUUGGAGCCCAUGCUGAGGAUCUGUGAAUGGAUCCUGGUGGUUUUGACAACUCCUGGGAACCAUCAUCUUCCACCAUCGUGUUCUCAAAGACUUCCUGUAGAAACUAAGUCAUUUGUAUUGUUGGAUCCUCGCUCAGUUUAUCAUGAUUCCAAAGUUUUCUUCAGCACAAAUGUGACAAACGUCUGAAUCAGUGAGUGUCUUAUUUCCUUCUGUGAUUUAAAAAUGUAAAUUGUUUGAAGCCAAGUUCCCGUUUCUAAGACCUGAAUUGGACGUCGCCUUAAAAAAAUGUUAACUACAUAAAGUUAGGUCUAAUGUGCAUUAAACGCCACUUGUGUAACACUUAUAAAUGAAUUUUUAAAAGAAAUAUUUUGGCACCAUGUACAGAUUAUUAUGUCUCUGUGUUAUUCUUUCUCAAGCGAUACACAUAUCAGCUCACGUUCAUAAAACUACAAACAUACCAACGUGGAACUUCUAUCUUUUCUCGAUACCGUGGGACGUGAUCCGACUGGAGAUCAACAGGAAGCUGUUUCUCUGGAGUUGUUUCCGUAGAAAAUGAAGCUCUUCACACGACUCUGGAGUUUCAGAUGUUUGGAAACACUACGUUGAGAAAGCGUCUCUAACACGUGCACUCUGCUGUUCGGUUGAGUCUGAUACAAGUCAACGUGUAAACAUGAGUUUCGAUCUUGUUGCUUUUCCGCAUCCUUUAUCUCUAAAGGAAGGAGAGGUCGGGCGUGAGGAGGAUCCACCGCUGGGAGUCUCUGCGUCUCAGGGUCAGAGUGUGUGACCUCUGAACUGAAUCUGAGACCGGCUCCUGUUCUCCUUCUGUCGGACGCAGCCGAUCACUUUGUAACAUAAAGUGAAUAAAGUUCCUCAUAUUUUUAAUGCGAAUAAAACAUCUGCAGCUGUGUUAUUUUUCCGCUUUAAUUAACGCUGAGUCAUGCAGCAAUGACUCCUCCCCACUUCCAUAAAUACAACCAACAUAUCCCGGUUGUGAUACAAAAUUACCUAAAAUACACAAACCAAGUUUGAAAAACAUUUAUUUAAUGUGUACUACGGUUGUUUUGUUUUUAGAAAAACAUUCCUUUAAACUCCCACAUUUAAUCAUAAUUCUUGAUUCUAUGAUUUGACUCCAUAUGGAUUCAGUUCCGGAUCUUUCAUUGAUACCAAGUUUGCUUGGAAAUGAGAUCUGAAACUGAAGAAUCUCACUUUCAUUCCACGAAUUAUUAAUCUCGACUUGUCAUGAAACCAAAUUUUGUUGGGACGAUAUUUUGUUGCAGAAUUAAUUGUCUCCAUUUUGAGAUAAUUUUACUUCUGAUAUAAUAAUCAUAUUAGAGCCUAAUCCUGCAAACACACCUUCUCAUUCUGUAGAAUAUUCAGUCGGACAUUAGAAUUAAAACUAGAGACAGACCAGCUAAAUGGUAAACAGGUGGAAAGUAUAUAGUGUAUUUUUCAAUGGUGUCAUCUUUGUAAAGUUUUGUAGACGCACAUGUUGGCUUAUAGAAUAAAAGUAUUAAUGUCUUCUUCUGAGCUCCUGAUGCUAAAUACUGUUCUAUAAAAUCAUUAAAGGGAUAUUUCACUAUGUUGAAGCUGCUUGUUUGACCUGCUGGUAUUUUAUUAAUUUGACUUAAUAAUUAAGUUUGACUUCUGACCACUCAUUCAUUUGUAAGCUGUUGUUUUCAUCAUGUUCUUCUAAUUAAAAAUCCAAAGAUGCA